GCUUGACUCUCCUUCGUACAUCAAAGGGUACCAGCUACAUCUGUGCUAUAUAUACUUUCCACAACGAUUUCUGGCACGAGUUCAUGAUCCGCACAUGAUGUUUCCGAACUUGCUCCCUAAUGCUCUGCAAUAUCUCCUGGCAUCGUUCCUGUGGUCGAAGGAUAGCUCGCCCCGUGAACCACCGCUGCGCUUCGAGCUUCGUCACAUACAUGCACUUGCGAACUCGUCAAGGGUUGUUUUCGCCGACGUACAUCCUGCGUCGUCGAGCUUCGCCGCUGAGGACUACGGAGUCGGCACCAAACCCAUGACCGUGCACCGACCAACCUCACACGCUCUUUUCUCGAGUGCUCGCUUCAGGGGGCUCACGAAUGUGCCAUGGGACGAGAUCGAACUAGAGGGACCGGAUAUACAGGACCGAGAGACCCUGUUGACGUUGGCGAAGAUGACGAACAAUGCAUAUUCUGAGCCGACGGACAGCGAUUGGUAUGACUUGGGUCCGGACUGGGAUAACAGGACCUACCCAUUCGGUUGGGAACCAGAUGCGGAUGGGUUCCGCGGGCAUGUCUUCGCCACGCCGGACAACUCGACCGUCGUUAUCUCUGUCAAGGGCACCUCCGCAGGCUGGCUCGUGGGCGGCGGUGGGUCGACGACGAAGAAGGACAAGCUGAACGAUAACCUACUGUUUUCGUGCUGCUGUGCGCGUGUGGGGCCCACGUGGUCGCCGGUCUGCGGAUGCUACGAGGGCGGCUACAAGUGUGACCAAGGAUGCUUAGAGAAAUCACUUGCGGAAGAUAGUAUGUUCUACUCGGUUGGGACGAACUUGUAUUAUAAUGUGACUUAUAUGUACCCAACGUCGAACAUUUGGCUAGUCGGUCAUUCCCUCGGCGGCUCAUUGGCGUCGCUCCUUGGCGUAACCUUUGGUGCACCGGUUGUGGCGUUCGAAGCUCCAGGAGAGAAGCUGGCAGCCAAGCGGCUACACCUACCAUCGCCACCUUCCGUUCAGCAUAUCACACACGUAUACCACACGGCGGACCCGAUAGCCAUGGGCGCCUGCAACGGGGUUGCCUCGUCGUGUGCCAUAGCAGGAUAUGCCAUGGAGACCAAGUGCCACCUCGGCAAGGUUGUCCGUUAUGACACCGUGUCAGAGCUCGGCUGGGCUGUGGACAUCCGCACUCACGGCAUCAGGGUGAUCGUCGAGAAAUUGCUUGCAUCUGACUGGGGUGGUGGAGGAGACGGCGACGAUAAGAAUGGCACACACAAGGCUGUUCCAGACUUGAUUGACGAAGAAGACUGUAUUGAUUGUUUCAACUGGGAGUUUGGCGACUAUCGGAAUGUUUCGUCGAUGUCCUGCGGAUCUAAUGGGCUAUAAUUUCUUGCGUACUUAAGCUUCUAAUACAGCCUUCUAAUACAGUUGGUAUGAUUGCACCUCUCCACCACGGAAUAUAGCAAAUAUACUAGGUGCUGCGGUCAGACAAGUCCAGGUAAGCCAUCUGAUGUCUUGAAUACUAUUGAACAGCAGUCUGCGUUCACAGAAGAUCUAUGCACUGCCGACGGCCUACUGCAAAGACAUAUCUCCUUAAGUACAUGCCUCGUCUCACUUGAGC